GCGUGGCUUCCAUAUCGAUACCUGCCAGUGCGUGCGAAAUACUCGACGUGGUAUCCGUGUAGCAGCACUCUCGUCACGCUUCACUCGUCAAGCAACGCCCCAUUCUAACGCCUGUUCAUGAUGGCUAGCUGGAGGCUUACAGCGCUUGCAGUACUGCUCGCUGGAUUUCAAUCAGCGAUCUGCGUUGACGAAGUGGAGGACAAGUGCAACGUGAUCAAGGCCACCACCUGCUACUGGGCUGAGGCGAAAGUUCAUGGAGUCGAUGUUUUGCUGCCGCAUGGGUCAACGCCUUACCCAAGCGACGUGUGCCGCACGCCGGCAGAAUUCCCCGAGCAGUCCGUAUGUGAGGACUACUACGGCGCUUGUGAAGAGCCCGAAAAAGCACUUUUCCAUGAAAAGGAGGAAGGCUACACCAUGCUUCGGUUCCUGCUCCUCAAUAAGACAAUGUGUGAAGGUGUGAACAAACUGAGCACAUGCAUUCACAAUGAGACCAUGGCAGAAUGCGCCGUCAAGAUCGCCCAGGAGUUUUCUUUGGAGAACGCAAAGCAAAACGAGCUGGCCGCAAAGAACCUCAGCGAUUGCCUCGGGGAAGCUCUGAAGCCCUGCUCCACUGGCGAAGUGGGAGAGUUUAAACAGUACCUGGAAAACGUGGCCACUGCUGUCCAACACCUGUACAAUCACAAGGAGCAGCCGGUGACACCGACCGAGCCCUCAACCACGGAGUCCUCGACUACCACCGUCUCACCCACCGAACAAACCACAACUCCGGAGCCUGUGACUGCAACAACCACCGAGCCUGUCACGGCUACAACCGUCGAGCCUGUCCCGACUACAACCAGCGUGCCUCCUACGACGCAAGGUCCCCCUGGCGCUGCUUCGACGGCACAAGCGGUCGGGGCCUUUGGCGUAGUGGCGAUCGCAUGGCUUGUGCGGGCUGCGUGAUUGACAAAAAACGUUCGUAGAUUCAAACUAGUGGUGCUGACGGCAGCAGCCACCAUGAACUCGCCAUCUUCCCAUUGGGAACUCUGCUUUGUUCGAGACUAUUUACCGAAAUAAACAUACAAGACACCCGGUAA